CGCGGCUAAUCGAUCGCCGAAAGGAAGAAGGCUUGGACGGGGCGCGGCUCGAUCGCUCUGCGCUCGGCUCCGAGGGGCGGGAGCCUGGCUGUGUAAGAAGCCAUCCGGCUGGUUUUUUGGCGCCGCUGCUGCUGCUGCUGCCUCCUCUCCUCCGCCUCCUUCUCCUCAGCCCGAGCUGAUUUCGGUCGGGCUUGCUGGUGCAGCUAUGGCGGAGCCUGCAGAGAAGAUGUACCGGGCCGAGUACGCCAAGAGCGGCCGGGCUUCUUGCAAGAAAUGCGGCGACAACAUCGCCAAGGACUCGCUCCGCCUGGCCAUCAUGGUGCAGGUACUUCGCCCGACCAGCCGCCGCGGGCUCCGGGCAGCCCCGCCGCGCCACGUUGCUUGCAGAGGCGCAGGUGCCUUUGUAGGUGCGCCUCCAGGGUUGCUCUGGGGCCGCCGCCGCCGCCGCCGCCGCCGCCCUUUGUUUCUGGCAGCAGCCAGAUGGAGCAGCAGCCUUCCGGGGUCCGAUCAACCCGGCCAUGUGCCGCAUGCGGGUUUCGGAGGAGAAGCCGCCCACUUGCACGGCCUCGCUCUUUGCAGGGCGAAGGGGCUUUCCCCGUCGUUCUCCUCCUCCUCCCGCUGCCUCAGAGCAGCUCAGCGUGCAGGUCUAGGUUUAGGCUGCAAUCCUAAGCACACUUACUCGAGAGUAAGCUCCGAGCAACUCAGGGGAAUGGAGCGGCGCCUGGAUAAAACGUGGUGAACCGCCCUGGGCUACGUUUACCUGAAGGCAGCUGUGUAAAAAUAAAGUAACACGCGCCGUAGGAUUGCGCCAUGGCUUGGUCAUCCGCGUGCUCCUCCCUCGGCCACCUCCGGAUGGCUAAAGGGGUUGGCUUGGUCACGGCGAGGAAAGCUGCCCCAGAGUGGCCGGUGUCAGGUUUUGUAGCUAGCCGAUCGCCAAGUGCAAAAUCAGAACUUGGUUGCCACUCUUGAAGAUCUCGCUUGGGUUGGCGGCGAUCAGGAGAGUUGACUUGCAAUGCAGGCUUUGGGGCAUGCUUCUGAGAGAAGUAAGCACCUUGUUACUCCCAGGUAAAUGGGCAAUGUGCUAUACAAAUACUGUGGGUUUAAUAGGGAGAAAGUAACUUCCUUUAAACUCUGUGGGACUUGGUUUAGGUUCAGGGUACACAUUAGAUCAGGUGCCAGUCCCCCAGUCACAUAAUGCAGUCACACGUUUUCAAGCUGUACUCCAGAAGCAUGAGAACUGGAAACUUAAUUGUGCUUUUUAUGCAGAGUUUGCCUUGUCUUGGGCAAUACUUUGUUGUCGCUUUCAUCAGAUCUCUGUGGGUACCAUUUCUCUUGUUUUGCAAGUAUUUAUUACAUUUGUGUCAUGACCUUCCUUCCAAAGGAGCCCAGGGCAGUAAGUUUAGAAUUUUGGCAGAGGUUCUGUGUGUAAUGUUUAAUACUAGCAACCCCCUUCUCCCUUAUCGAUGGACAGUUUACUUCCAUAGAAAUCAAUCAAUAACAUGUAACAAAAUAAUAUCAUGAAUAGGCAUAUAUUGAUAAUACACCAGCUUAGUUUUAAAUUCUGAAAUGUUGUAACAGCAGUGGUAAAAGAUAUGUGAUGAGAAAACUUGUAGAACUCAUGUGCUGUGAAUUGGCAACACUACUUCUAAAUAAUUACCGUAUUUUUCGCUUCAUUGGACGCACCGCACCAUAGGACGCACCGGAUCAUAGGAGGGGGAGAGCAGGGAAAAAGAUUUUUUUUCUUGUUCUCCCCCUCCAAAACAAGGUGCGUUCAAGGUACAUUCACCAGAGCUUGUGGGGCUGGUGGUGGGGGAAAGCAGCGCUUCCCCCCACCGCCAGCCUCAAAGAUCCCUGAAGCCUUUGGAGCCCUCCAUCUCGCUGCUCUAGCUUGGGGAGGGCUGCGCGCAAACCUCUGCAGGGCAGCGGGGUGCCUUCACCCCGCUGUCCUGCAGAAGCUAGCAAGGCUGUUCCCAAGCCAGAACAGCGAGACGGAGCGCUCCGCAGUGCUCCGUCUUCCUGUUCUGGCUUUGGGCUUAGCAGCGCAGCCUGCAUUCGCUCUAUAGGACGCACACACAUUUCCCCUUAGUUUUUGGAGGGGGAAAUGUGCGUCCUAUAGAACGAAAAAUACGGUAGCAUUUCAAUCCUGUGCAUGCCUAUUUACCUGAAAGAGCAAUUGUGUUCCUGAGACUUGUCUUUAGCAGUGGUUCCCAAUUCCCCACCCAGGGGUCUGCAGCACCAUUCACGUAACAAUAACUACCAUAGAUUUGUCAACAUUUUCAAAAGUCCAUGGCUUGGCUUUUGAAAAAAAGGGGGUCUGUAGUACUCUGCAGUACUUAGCUAAUUGGGAGCCACUGGUCUAUAGGAUUGUAGCAUUACUUACUAAAUUUGUUGUUAGUUCUCCAAUAAAUACGCCUCAGCACCUUAACAUUAUAACCCAAUAAGGUAGGCUGCACUGACUUUAAAACACAACCAUUGGUAAGUAUUACAAGGUGGUGAAAACAGUCGUAAUAUGAGUAGCCCAUAGACAAUCUGCAUUGAAUGCAAGUACAAACGGUCUCCACCAAUGCACGAGUAUUUCUGUGAACAUGUACACUUGUUGAUUUGUACAGCAACUACUGUGUACACAGAUAAACAGACUACAACUACUGGUGUAUUCACAGGUUGCAUACUCACUGAAUGUAAUGUGUGAACACAUCUCAUUGUAAUGGUAUAGCACUAAUAUUACAAUUACUUAAGCAUGGUUCAGUGUAUGAAGCCUGAGAAUUAUUCACCAGCUUUGUGCCCGCUCUUUCCAUUUCCCUCUCCCAACUCUGAUAUGCCGCAGUUCAGUACUUCUGAGGUUUCUUGAAUCAGUUUUCUGUUACAGCCAAAUUGGGGGUCUGUGUUUUAAUGUCUGACUACAAACAUGUGUUUCCAGUCUGGGGGCAUGACAGGAGCUUCCCCUCUGCUCUGGAAUUAUAGGCUGAGCUUGCAGUUUAAGAGAACAUGGCUUUUUGGCCCAAGGAGGCUCUGGAUUAUCAUCAUGUUAAAUCAGUGUUUCAAAGCCUGAUCAAGCCAAUUUGACAGCUGAGAUUAUGCAACAAGAACUGAAAGGUGUGAAGGCAUACCUGAGUGGCAAUGACUCAGACUUCUGUUAAAAGAAAAAGUUGUAGCUAAAAAUAGAUUGCUCACAUGCUGCUGUGGGUAACAAAAGAUUUAGGUCAUGCAGGAAUAACUGUCUUGGAAACAAGUCUGUUAAGAUAAUGCCUAGUAAACCAAAUAAUUCAAGUGAACAGGCAGGCAUAGAUCAACAGCAAACAAGUGAACUUUCUCCAGCAGAAAGACAUGUCUGCUCACAAGCCUUUCCCAACUGGAAAAGCAUCCAGAUAGAGGUCCCUUGGUUUCAGAUUUCUUACUCCACUCAAAAGACAAUGUUCAAAGAUUGUCUUCCGCUAUGAAUUUAGUGGCUACAAUUAUUCAUAAAUCAGACAUGGAAAGCAUUUCUCUUGGAAGGUUCAGAGACCUCUGUCAACAUACAGAGCACUGUAUAAACAUCUGGAAAAUGAUAGAAAUUCAAUUAGCAUAUGCUGGGUAAUCCUCAAAGACUUUUAUAGUAUUCAAAAUUUAAAAAUAAUUCUUGUUUAUUAAUUCCUCAAAUAAUUACUCUGCACAAGCGCUUGGGACCAACAAGUUAUUCUAAGUUUUGUAAUCCCAAUGUUAUUUUGAUGGGUUCUGCUCUUCCUCUAGUGAGGAAAAGAUGCUUGGCAACUGUUCACCAGAAAUCCCACCUCAUUUUACAUUUUUCCCUUUUACAUUAACUACAUCAGUGCUUGGGGGAAUGUUUCAGAACUCAUGCUAGUUAACAGAGUAUGGUUCUUAAACUGCCUUCUUUAAAAAAAUGGCCUGAUGUGCAGUGGUUAGCGUGUUUAACUAGAACCUGAGAGACAAUGGUUUGAAUCCCCACUCGACCAUGGAGCUCACCUGAGUAUCCACCAGGUUUAAGGAUCACCACAAACCAAGAACUUGGUCCUUUAGGGGGAAGCGUAACCCCAUCACAGAUACUUCAGAUCCCUGUUGUGAGUAACUGAUCCCCUAGUCAGCAGGACUUUUGUAUUAAAUGGAUUUUGUUCUCACACAUCUAGUUCCUUGCUUUUGUUUGGAACUUGCUGCCAUGGAAAAGUUGUGCAGCAGCACCUCCAGUAAGACGAUAGACCAAGAGGCUGCACUCACACAGCAUUGCAAACCAUCAGAAGCCAAGAAGAACACAUAGCUUCGUAUUGUGGUUUGCAUGGAGCAAGACAAGUCAUAAAACAUGGUUUGAACAUAACAUUAAGUCAGGGACUGGAAAGGAAGGAAGUAGGAACUCCUGGACUGUUAUGUGAUAUUAAGGAGUGGGGUGAAUUAUACCAAAGUAUGUGUUCUGUGCGGGGCACAAGGUCCAAGUCCAUUAGGAAUUAAACAUCGAAAGCAGCAACUUCAGUUGUACAGUAUUGGGAAGCAAGUAGGCAGCCAGUGAAAAACAUUCAGUUGUUUAAAUAAGAUGGCCUUCUGCAGCUAAUAUAGUGCAAAGUGCACAGCUUUGAUUCUUGUUAAGAGAUUACUGAGGCUGAGUGAGAGCUUUUUCAAAGGAUUUGCAGAAGGUCUCUUUCAGCUCCUUCAAAAUAAGAAGAGGAGGAGGAGGAAAAGUUAGGGAGAGGAAUACUUUUUCAUCUGCUGCACCUUUUAUAUUACCAUGAUCUGAAUAGAUUUGCCUUGGAUUCUAAGGCCUAGAAUAUGACCCAGAAUCCUCUGCAGUGUGCAGUUGCAAGGCAGGUCUGGGUUUCCACAGCAGAAAAAUCAGUGUAGCUGAAGAUACAGGGUUGAAUCCAAAAUUCCCAUGAGCAGAGCUCCACUCACACAAUUCUCUCACUGAGGAAGUGGAAGUCUUUUGGGUUCUUUGGUCCAAUUCCUCCUUCCGGUCCCUGUGUAGUUAUUCCAAAAGGUUAAGGGCUCUCUAGAACAGGGGUCAGCAAACUUUUUCAGCAGGAGGCUGGUCCACUGUCCCUCAGACCCUGUGGGGGGCUGGACUAUAUUUUGAAAAUAUAUACAUAUAUAUGAACGAAUUCCUAUGCCCCACAAAUAACCCAGAGAUGCAUUUUAAAUAAAAGGAUGCAUUCGACUCAUAUAGAAACACGCUGGUUCCUGGACCGUCCGUGGGCCAGAUUUAGAAGGCAAUUGAGCCAGAUCUGGCCCCCGGGCCUUAGUUUGCCUACCCAUGCUCUAGAAUAAUGUGGGAGGUGGCCCUGGGGCAGCAGCAGGAAGGGGCAUUGGCAAAACCUGCAUCGUUCAUCUUCCUCCAGUGAGAGCAUAUGUUGGCAGUCAAGCUUGCAAAAAUUUACCAUCUGCCCGACAAUAAAUGUUGGAAAUGUAAUGAGACUGAAGGUACAUUCUUUCACCUUUGGUGGACAUGCCCAAGGAUUAAGACAUUCUGGGAGAUGAUUUAUAAUGAAAUGAAAAAGGUAUUCAAAUAUACCUUUCUGAAGAAACCAGAGGCCUUUCUCCUGGGCAUGGUCGGCCAAUUGGUGCCAAAGAAGGAUAGAACUUUUUUUAUGUAUGCAACAACAGCAGCAAGAAUACUUAUCGCGAAGUAUUGGAAGACACAAGAUUUACCCACUCUGGAAGAAUGGCAGAUGAAGUUGAUGGACUAUAUGGAACUGGCGGAGAUGACUGGCAGAAUCCGAGACCAGGGAGAAGAGUCAGUGGAAGAAGACUGGAAAAAGUUUAAAGACUGUUUACAGAAAUACUGUAAAAUUAAUGAAUGUUAGGAAAAGGUUGGAAUGAAGUUAUAUGGCUUUAGUAGAAAUGUUAUAAGGAAUUAGGUAUAAAUAGAUUAAUAGAGUACUAAAGGGAAAAAUAAGGUUAGAAUCUGUUAAGAUAAUUAAAAGAUAGAAAGCAGAGGAAGAUGGAAAGGAAUUGCUGAAACAAUUAACAGAAGUGGAAUACAAAAAGGGAGGUGUGAGGAGGUCACUGAAAUAAGUGAAUGAAAUAUAAGAUACGGAAAUUGUUCGAUGUUUUCUUUCAAAUUGUUUUUGUUCUGUUAGUUUAGUGUGUUGUGUAGUGUUUUUGUAUUGUGUUGUGUUGUUCUUUUUUCUUCAUAUUUUUGUGUGUGUUUGAAUUGUCGGAAAAGUAAUAAAUAUUAUUUAAAAAAGAGAGAGAGAGAGAGCAUAUGUUGGCUCUCAGUUCAGGAGAUAAUUUUGGAUUCUGCCCCUGCCCCCCUGCAAUCUUGCAACCCUAUAACUGCAGUAGCUUGUAAUUAGAAGUAUUUUACAACUGUUGUAUUGAAAUGACUUGGUUACACAUUCCCCACCCCUCCCUUUUAAGAGACUUCCAGUGUUAUCAGCAAGGGCUUUGUUGCUUUUGUGAGAGAUGGACAGCAUUUUCUUUGCCAAGAUCAUUAGCCAUUAGUGAGUAAUAGCUUAGGUCAGGAAAACAUCCACUAUAAGAGUUGGAGGGUGUUUCCUGAUAACAUUGAGCAGCCAUCCUCAUUUGUUUGCACAGCAGCAUUUCCUCCUUUUUCCAUAUUGCAGUUGUAGGAAAUGCAACAGUCAGAACUGGUAGCUUCCUGGGAACACUGGUAUGAGGAUGGCAUUGGUAACGAAUUUCACCUAUUCAGAAACAAACAAGCUAGGGAGAAAAGAGAAUUACUCAGAAUUAGGUAGUAAAACUUUUACUCAGAGAGUAGACCUGUUGAAAGUAAUGGAUGUAAGUCAGUCAGUCAGUCAUGUCUAUUAAUUUCAGGUGGUCUGCUCUGAAUAUGACAAAUGUUGGGAAAAACUCUUAGUGUUCAAUUUGCAUUGUUCAUUGUUAGAGCAUCUUCUUUGAAUAAUGAAGGUCUAAGUUUCAAUUCCUGGCAUCUCCCAAGAAUCCUGAAAUCCUGAGGAACCACUGCCAGUCAGUGUAAAUGGACCAAGUUAAAUGGACCAAGUGUCUGUCUCAGUAUAAGACACCUUCUUAAAACCCUAUGUUAUUCAUUUAUUUAUAUGAGGAAGAACUAUAGCUCAGUGCAUUUAGAAGGCAUCUCCAGGUAGGUUUAGGAAUGUGCCCUGCCAUACAGUGUUGAGCUCUAGUCAGAUCAAUGGUCUGACUUAUGAGGAGCUUCCUAGGUUCCUGUGUAACCGAUACUCCAAAACAGUGUUUGAAACUCCCCAGGUGCCAGGCACAUUUUGCAAUUGGUGCAGGUCCAAUUGCAACCAUGUGGAGAUCUCUGGAUCCCAGGUUGGCGACAGACAUCUCCAUCUGGCUGGCGCCUCCAGUUUUCUUAAGCAGAAGAGCUUAUUUAUUGCAUUUAUAUCCCAGCUUUUCCUCCAAGGAGUACAUGGUUUAUGCCCCCUCCUCAGUUAAUGACCCUGUGAGGUAGGUUAAGAGCCUGGCCCAGGGUCACCCAGUGAGGUUCAUGUCUGAGUGGGGAUUUGAAUCCUGAUUUCUCAGGUUCUAGUCCCACACUCUUCGCCACCACACCACACUGGCUUCCUAGAGUACUUCUGCUGUGGGGCAGCUAUAUAAGUAGUUAAAUAAUUAUGGGGAAAGCAAAAAGUCACUUAGAGAAGAAUCUGAAAUAUUUUCCUUGGUGCUUGAAUUGGUUUUAUUCCGUAUUGUUUUAUUUGAUGUUCUAAUGUGUUAGAAACUGCUUUGAGAUUUUUUUCUUUGAAAUAUAAAGUGGUUUAGAAAUUAUUAUUAUUAUUAUUAUUAUUAAUAUAAUUUUCAUUGCAAAAAAAAAAGGUGCCUAGGCAUCCCAUUGUGGCGACCUCAACCUAGCUUUAAGGUGCCAUUUGGCUAUUAGCUUAUAGAUAUUUCUGAGCUUCUAACACAGCUCCAAAAUGUUGCUGAUACACAUUCAAAUUAGAAAAAUAGAUGUACAAUAAAAAUGACGUGCUUUAUAAAUUAUGGACCCAUGAGGUGAUUUCCCCAAACUGCGCACACCUGGCUUCGUAAGUAAGGAUGUGGUCACAAAGGAAUACAGUGGUACCUCUGGUUGCGAACGGGAUCCGUUCCGGAGCCCCGUUCACAACAUGAGCAGAACGCAACGAGCGUCUGCACGUGCACGGGUCGCAAUUCGCCACUUCUGUGCAUGCGUGUGACGUCAUUUUGCGUGUCUGCACAUGCGAGAGUGGCAAAACCCAGAAGUAACCUUUCCGGUACUUCCGGGUCGCCAUGGGACACAACCUGAAAACGUGCAACCUGAAGCAAACGUAACAAGAGGCAUGACUAUAAUUGGGAGCUUCGUGUGUAUCCCUGAUUUGUUCCUUUGCAAGUGGGUCUCUCUGACAGUAAACCCUAUUGGGAUCAGCUACACUAGGGAGUUCCCCAUUAGGAAACUGGGGAGGCCUGUGAGCCUCUUGGGAGGUUCUGCUUUCAGAAAAUACCGUUCAGCAGAUUGGGACUGGCUGCAUGUCUUUGAGGUUGUCCUGUGAUGUUUGGUGACUGACAGGUGGGUCUCCCCAACCACCUAUUACAAUUUCUGGGGCCCUGGGUGAGUUUGCAUCAGAAUGGUAUUGAGUGGGGUGUCAGUUUCAACUCAACCUUGUUGCAUUGGAGUAGGGCCUUGAAGCACGAGAGGUGCUGCCUCCUUUGUGAGCCUUUACCUGAGGACACUUAACGUUGUUCUGAAGAGGCCGCUGCUCACGUUUCAGCUUUUAGAGCGUUUAGGAUUACUUGGUAAUAAUGAUGGGAGGUUACGCUAUGUUCUGCUCUGCCGUUCACAAUACUUCAGGCGCUUCAUGAAAAAACCCUAGCAUCUGCUGUCUGGAGUCAUUUAUCAGCUAAAUGAGAUUACAUUCCUGUGUGAAGCAUUUCAAGGGCGUCAGUAGAAGACAGAAUAUUUCAUAGGGCUUCAGGCUUCUUCUUUUUUUGGUUUUAAACUUAUUCUGGUCAUGCACGGCAUAUUUCUGACUCCAGUUACUCUGCUCUAAUCUGUGUUCUUGAUACCUGAGAGCUUCAACAUGUCUGCACCCAUCUCCCAAGCCUAUGCCAUUUUUUGAAUACCCUGAAAUGCAUUAACCUCUUCCUGCCACCUUUUAUCUACCUGUUCCCAGACCUAAAAGUAAGAUUGAAUUGUGGAGAAUGUUUAAUUUAAUUCAAUAUUUAUUUUGACCGUUUUUAUGCCACCUAAUUACUGUAGCCUCUUAAGUAGUGUAGAAGCGGACUUGCUGCAAUAAAACUAAAAAUGAGUUUAAAUUAAGAAUUCCUGAAGUGGUUUAACAAUCAGUACCUCUUCCUAGGGAACUCUGGGAAAUGUAGUUCUGUGAGCGGAAUGGGGGUCUCCUAACAAUUCUCACCACCCUUAACAGACUACAGUACCUAGGGUUCUUUGGGGGCAAGCCAUGGCUGUUUAAAGUGGCAUAAUACUGCUUUAAGGUGUAGCUGUGGCCAGGAUAGUAACUAAACAGCCUCUGCAGUGCUUCGGUAAAAUGAUGAAGGAUGGAGGGGUGAUGCUGUGGUAGGGGGUGAGGUUAUAAAAUACAUUAUAAGCUGGGCCAGAAUUUCAUUGGGUUCCUCCACCCACCCACACACCAAAUGGGAUAGCCAUGUUCAUACUUGAGUUUCUUCCUCUCCUUUUCUUAUUCUUGCCAUUCUUUUCCUCUUAGUCCCCCAUGUUUGAUGGCAAAGUACCCCACUGGCACCACUUCUCCUGUUUCUGGAAGCGGGCUCGACUGGUGUCCCACACCGACGUGGUCGGCUUCUCGGAACUGCGUUGGGAAGAUCAGGAGAAAAUUAAGAAGUCCAUAGAAAGUGGCGGCGCCGGAACAGGUAGGCAAAUGUUUAGUGACUCUCGAAAGAGAUAGCCGCUUGCUGUAUGAGCCCAGAUAUCAAACAGCUUUGGGCGAUUUGGGUUCCCAGGCUUGUGGGCUAGUUGCUGCCCCAGAUCCGUGGAAGGUGUCCUGGAUUCAAGGAGACCAGCUGUAAAUAAGAAUCAGCCUCCCACGUAGUUGCCAUGGACAUUUGCAAGUUUUCAGCUUGAGGACUGGAGGAAAUUGUUUUUGUUCGGCCUCUUCUCUUUUUUCAGACGUAGAUACCGAAUGGUCUCUUCAGGGUUAGAUUUAACCCAUGUUCACUACCCAGAGGUCCAUGUAGGGAAAUGCUGGACAUUUAUCUAAUAUAUAUAUAUAUAAAUAUAUAUUUUUUGUUUUCCAGGCAAAGGUGACCAAGAGGGAGGUGGCAAAAGUGAUAAAAGUUUAAACGAUUUUGCCGCAGAAUAUGCAAAGUCCAACAGAAGCACCUGCAAAGGCUGCGAUCAGAAGAUAGAAAAGGUAAAAUAGGUGUCCAAUUCUGUGUCUCUGUAAUAUGAGUUAUAGCACUCGUAAUGUAUAAAUCCUUUUUGGGAAGGGCCGUAGCUCGUUCUCUGAGCAUCUGCUUUGCAUGCGGAAGGUCCCAUGUUCAGUCCCGGCAUCUCCAGGUAGAGCUGGGAAUGUCCCAAGUCUGAAACCAUGAGGAGCUGCUGCCAGCCAGUGUAGGCAUUACUGAGCUGGAUGGACUAAUGAUCUUACUCUAUAUAAAGCAGGUUCCAAUCUUCCUGUGCUGUGGAGGGUUGAGAAAUUCUCUGGAAUAAUGUGGCUGGGGGCUAAAGGUGAAAUUGGCAAAAAUUGCCUCCUUUUAGAGCAUAAUCUGUAGUUGUGGACCUUUCUGCACGAAUUAGAGGCACUGAUUAAUUUAAUUAAUAGGGGGGAAAUUAAUGAGAUUUCUCUCUCCAAAAUGCUUCAUUAUUGUCUUUUAAUAUACAUAUUUUUCCUCAACCUUCUGUCAAUAUCUCAUGCAACCUUUUACAAUCUUGUAGAGCUCACGUGUUUAGUAUAAGAGCUGACUUAGCCACUAUAGUGUGAAUUCGUGUAUAAAAUUAUCUGGCCUUUUUGCACAUAACGGUAAACCGAACUAUGGCUUACUGUGAACAUGCAAGCAUGCUGGUGCCGGGAGAGAACAUCCUGGCCAGUUUUGCAGCUCAUGCUUUGUUUCGAGCAAGACAGACUAGCACUAGAUGGAAUCUACACACAAAUAAAAAACACUGUGAAAAUGCGUUUUUAAAAAAAGUUUUGAAGAAGAAAAUACAUUGAAUUUGCCAUAGCUCACUGUUGCCAUCUAGUGUCACAUUCGUAUAUUGCACUUUAUAGCACACUUAAAAUAUUUUAUUUGCAGCUGUAUAGCUGAGUCCCCAGUGUGGCACUUUCAGGAAUGAAGGGGGUUCCAGCAUGCUUGCUUGUUCACAACAAGCCAUAGUUUGGCUUACGUGAAGCCAGUAACACAGACAGUUGUAUGGUCUCACUCAUUUAUUUAAUCCGCCCUCCUUCUCCCACUUUCUCCUGCAGGGUCAAAUCAGGAUUUCAAAGAAAAUGGUGCAUCCCGAAAAGCCCCAGUUGGGGAUGAUAGACAACUGGUACCACCCAGCCUGUUUCGUCAGCCGCAGAGCAGAUCUGGGGUUUCUUGCCUCUUUUAGUGCCUCUCAGCUGUUAGGCUUUGGGCUCCUGAAUGCUGAAGAUAAAGAGACUCUGAAAAAGCAGCUGCCUGCAGUCAAGAAUGAAGGGUAUGUUGAGUAUGCCAAAAGAAGGCAGGAUUUCUGUCGACACAGCAGUAGCUCAGGCAAUUGUGAGUCAGGCACAGUAAUGCCAGAAACUUUAAAAGGUCUUUCUUCAGUUUUCCACUCCCCGGAGAGAGGAUGUUCAGAGAGCUGCCAGGAGACAGCUCAGACAGGGGGCUUGGGUAGUCUUAACCUUCCUUGUGAGACAAGUUGCUCAGACUGAAGUCCUGUAAUUUGACCUUCUUGGUUCAUGGAGUUACCUGGUCAUGCUGGGCUGCUCAUCAGCAAGGUGGCACUUCAUAGUCACAGAUAAUAGGCUGCCCGUUGUUCUGCCCUAGUGGCACAGGGAGUAAGGUGUCUUGACUAAGCUGCAGUGGUUGCUUGUGUGAAGCCCUUAACAGGGUCUCCUUUGGUACAGCGGGAGUGCCUAGUGCCUACAAACAUAAGAUGGUCGCACAGUGUAGGACCAGUGUUUCUCAAACUUGGGUCCCCAGCAUUGUUGGACUUCAAAUCCCAUCAUCCCUGACCACUGGUGCUGCUGGCUAGUGUUGAUGGGAGGAGUUGUCCGGCUGAGGAUCCAAGUUUGAGAAACAGCACUCGGUUGCUAAUCCAGAUUUCCUUUCAUCCCUCUCUUUCCCCUGGGGAAACCCGAUCUCUGCCACGGAAGUGGAGCAAAUGUCAACUGGGGUUUUCCCCCAUUUGCUCUGAUUCAGUGUUAAAUAGUUGGGUUUUCCAGAGAAAGCUGUGGGGCAAAUAGAAGACCUCUCGGAUUCAUGCCUAGAAAGCAUGGGGCAAGCAGAAAACCACUUACAUCCCUGCUUUCUAGGCACGGGAGAAGUGGAAGUGUGGACAAAUUCUAAAUGCCCAACUUCUGGCUGAGGCUGUUCAGGGCUCUGCAGCUCAUGAAAUAUAUAUACAAGCCUUACUUCAACACUUGGAUGGUAUUGUGAGCCAGACAAAGCACCCAGGCCCUCUUAGGAAAGUCACUUCUAUGCCAUGUUUACACUCGUCAGCUAUUGCUUGCAACCAAGGGAUCAGAUUUGCAUGCUUUCUUCCCGUGUCUAUUUUGAGGCUGCUGCUUUGCCUCACACCCAGAGCAGCAUAGGAAACUGAAGCUGGAUAAAUGAUUUGCUCUGGCAACUGAGCCUAAUCAUGGAGGCUUUGACUAUGCAAAAGCUUCCGGGGUGGGGGGCUUUUGCUUCCAUUUUCAAAGGAGGUAAUUUUUCAUUAAUGCUCCUGCACCCCUUCCAUAAUGAAAUAUUUGCAUUUGCUUGCCAGGUUACUACAGAAGCACAGAACGGUGCUAGAAUCAUGGUGGAAAAUAACUUCGCUUGGUGUCAGUGCUAAAAGCAGCUUCAUUUGUCAUCGCGUUGCUAGUUUGAAAUCACUUAGAUUCUUGGUUUCUGUACAAAAGUUCACAUGCAGCAGAGAUAUAUCUAGGUCUUCUAAAAUGGCUGGACUUUCAAGAAGCUUUCUCAUUUAAUAGGCAGACCUUUGCACCCGAAGACCAAACAAGGCAUUGUGGCGCAGUUCAGUCGCUUCCUUUUCAUUCCUAGGGGAAGGGACCAGAGGUUGAGUCAUAGGGCAUCUGCUUUGCAUGCAGAAGGUCCCCUGUUCAUUCCCAUUGUCUCCAGGUAGGGCGAGAAGACCUCGUGACCUUUUGGCAAGAGUGUGGUGAAAAUGAUCAAGGGAAAUGCUUUGAUUUCAGUAGUGGGAAAGAGGCUGCAGUCUUAGUGCCAUUGGUAUUAAGUGGGGAACCUAAGACUCUCCAGAUGUGGUUAGUCUAUAACUCCCAUCAUCCCUGAAAAUUGACUGCCUUGGCUGGGCCUGAAGGGAGAGGGAGUCCAACAGCCUCUGGAAUGCUGCAGUUUCCCCAUCCCUGCUGUAGAGCAUCAAGAUAGCUGAGGAGAAAGAUACCUUUUAAAUGGCUAUUCAGCUAAUGCUUUGAGGAAGGGGUAGGUAAGAUGGGCUUUCUUUGUUCAGAAAGCUGGUUGCAAGGUGUUCUAGGACUGCAAUCUGGGACUGGAGACAGAAGUCCCAAGCACUUGACCAAUCUCUAAGAUCAAAGUAGGAAAGGGAGGGCCCCCCAGCACAGGAACAAAGAGAAGAGGAAAUUCUCUACAGUUCAACGUUUCUGUGAUCUGGUGUGGUGUUUUCAGUUAACAACAUUUAACCAAUUUUCCAUUUAGCGCAAUGUAUCUCAAAGUGUUAAACCAUUUCUGGGCACUUUUCAGUUUCGUGAUUUGCAUUUUGAUGAUGGGGAUACUUGAAACAGAUCUCACAGAUACGUGUAAAAGCUGCAAAGAAAGGAAGGGGAAAGCCUAUGCCAAAUAUACAGUCCAUCAUAACGGGCGAAGGAAGACGUCGUGACACCCGGGGCGGGGGUCGCUACGUAGGGCGCAUGUGCAGCGUCACUAUGUACAAUGCAUGUGCGGUACAUAGCGACGCCGCACAUGCGCUGUAUAGCAGUUUGUCGCUGCUCCAGCCGCGAACGGAGGAUCCUGGCACCGUCCGGCGCUGGAGCAGCACUAUACAGCGCAUGUGCAGUGUCGCUACGUGCAGCGCAUGCGUGCUACGCCACACAUGCGCUGUACUUAGCGGUUUGGCGCCAGGAAUUCUCUGCUCGCUGCUGCAGCCGUGAAUGGAGGAUCCUCCACAUGCGGCUGCGACUUGUCACCCUGCAGACAUGGAACCCAGGGCGUUCCGCCCCCCCGCCCGCCCGCCCGCCCCCCCGUUGCGACGCCACUGCAUCAUAAACUGCUGCUGCCCAAGAACUAGUAAAUGGAGCUGAUGGGCUAACUUUUGAGUAACUACUGACGUGAGUUUUCUUUCUCCUCCAGGAAGAGAAAAGGAGAUGAGGUGGAUGCCAACGUGGUCUCAAAAAAGAAACCAAAAAAGGAGAAAGAAAAACAGUCUAAACAGGAGAAGUUGCUGAAGGUGCGUUUCUCAGUGACUUCUCUUUGUUUCUUAGUUUGCUUCUCACUGACUAAACACUCUUGAACUACCUUCUGUGGGGGAAUUCAAAAGCAGUGUGGACGUAUGGAAUAAAAGCAGAGAUUGUCCUUUCUGCAUUGCCUCUAUCCCAAAGCGGUUUGGAAUCCAAGCAUAUAUGCAAGAUUUGCUCCAAGCAGAUCACAGUCAGUAAGCCAAAAACAAACAUUGGCUGCACCUCAUAAACAAACCAGGAGACUCAGGAGCGGUGGUGGUUUCACCCAACAAUAUAUUCCUGAGUGAAACCGCCAUCCCACUCUGGCCUCAUACUGCACAGAGUGAGAAAAAAGCUGCAUUGGUGAGGCACCAAUACAGUUUGUUCCUUCCUCUGCCUCUUUAAACUGCUCAGCUGAGGAUCCCCCAGCCGGACGCUGGCUCCCACACAAGCGGGGGGAGCUCUGGGGAUGGGGAGCCCUCCUGCCCCCAGAUGAGCUGUACAAAGAAGCUGCCUUGUCCCAGUCCCCUAGGCACUGGGGUGAAACCGCCUCAGCUCCCACGGUGAGAUCUGCGGCAAUUUCCUCUGGCGCCUCGCAAGCUGAGGCCAAUGCAGCUUGUUUUUUUUUAACAUCGUAGUAUAUCGCCAGACCGCAAUGUUUGGCUGGCGAUAUACCGCAGUGUUGAAAAGCUGAUAUCGCCCAGCCCUAACCUCCACUCCUUUGUUAGCUGACUUGCUAACAACAGAAUUAACCGUUAGGAUGCAAACUGAAUGAUCUCUGCUGUUACACUUCCAACAUGGGGCACCCCUUUUUCCCCUGCAAUGUUCCUUGCCAUGUGUCUUGCAUGUGCAGCGGUACCUCGGGUUACGAACUUAAUUCGUUCCAGAGGUCCAUUCUUAACCUGAAACCGUUCUUAACCUAAGGCACGCUUUCGCUAAUGGGGCCUCCCGCUGCCAGCGCACGAUUUCCAUUCUCAUCCUGGGGCAAAGUUCUCAACCCGAGGUACUACUUCCGGGUUAGCAGAGUUUGUAACCCAAAGUGUUUGUAACCUGAAGCGUUUGUAACCCAAGGUUCCACUGUACUGCACUUUAAUAGUUCCAUUAAGAAAUAAAUCUUUUUUUACCUGUACUGUUCUCUUCUACAGGAACAGACAGAAUUGAUUUGGAACAUCAAAGACGAGUUGAAGAAAGCUUGUUCCACCAACGACCUGAAAGAGCUCCUGAAAGCCAACAAGCAGGACAUUCCUUCUGGGGAAUCCGCUGUGAGUUGGAUGCUCUCCUGUAGAUGACAUUUUGACUAUGUGCUUACUCUGUAUUAACACUCCUUGCACGUUAAUUACAUUUAGGUAAAUGUUGACAAAGUGAAAUGUUUAUGGAGGGAAAGCCCUACUCUUAAUAGCUUCAAGAAGAAUGUGGUUUGCGUCUGCAUGUAGGGAAGUGUUAAUUUUGUCGCCCUUCACCCGAAGAUCUCAGAGCGGUUCACAAGAUAAAAUUGAGAGAGGAGAUAUUCAGUACAGUGGAACCUCUACUUAAAACCAUAAUCUGUUCCGGCGGUCCAGUCAUAACUAGAAACGUACAUAAGCAGAGGCACACUUUUCCAUAGAAAGUAAUGGAAAAGUGAAUUGAUCCGUCCUAGACGAUGAAAAACACCCCCUGAAACAGCGAUUUAACACAGAUUUUACUGUCUAACGAGACCAUAGAUCCAUAAAAUGAAGGCAAUAAGCAAUGUAGUCUACUAUAAAAUAAAUAAGACAGUAUUGUAGAUGAAAAAAAAUUACAUCUUUUUUCUUACGUGCACUGAGGGUGGGUGGGCUUACCUGGCUACAAGCUGGGAGUGGGGCAAGGGUCAGUAAAGAGCUGAUUCACUUCGGCCAGGGUCACUUUUUUUUCUUGCCAGGCCAGGUUCUUCUCUGGACUUCCUCAGGUUAGUUUCUCGGUGGGGCUGCAGUGCGCCCUCUUGCAGGCGGCACCUCUUCCACAGCUUUGGGGGUGGGAUGGGGGCCUUCUCCCUGGCGGCAGAGGCCCCAGCGCUGCCCCGUAACCGGCCGGGCAAGCUCCAGGCUGCUGGCAAGGCCUCUGUUCAUAUCUAGAGGAAAGUUCAUAAGUCAAAACACCUACUGAAGGUUAUAACUGGAAUCGUACGUAAGUAGAGCCGUACGUAAGUCGAGGUUCCACUGUACUUGAUUCUUCUUCUGAGGGCGAACAAAUUGGAAAUGGGUCAAAAUGCUCUUGUGACUGCGCGUUCUCCGGAUGGCUGGAAACAUUUGUAGAGCUGGAAGGGAGCUAGGAGGUCACCUCUUCUAGCCCACAGCUUAGUCCAAGGCCUGCCAUGUAGGAUUCAGCCACGCUGUCCCUGACAUGACUGUCCAGCCUCUGCUUAAAUAUUUCCAGCAAAGGAGAGCCCACCACCUCCUGAGGCUGUCUGUUCUACCGCUGAACAGCUCGUUAGGAAUUUUCUUUUAAUGUUUAGCCAAAAACUGCUUCAUUACAAUUUCCAACCGCUGGUUCAGUCUCCUGCCCUCUGAGGUGCCUGUCCUGUUGUCAGUUUCAAAAUAGCAAAUAGUUUCAAAAAGAGCAAAUAGAAUACGCCAUAUGAUCAUUAUGCUUGUUCAUUAUCAUCAUCAUUGUCAGGGAACUGCCAUCGGAGCUAGAGGCGGAGGGAAGGCUCCAGAGGGAUGGCGGAGAGGGUCCCAGUAGGGAGAGAGGCAGCCCAUCCGCUGGGGAAGGAAAUCAGCGUAACACCAGUAGAGAAGGGGGGCAGAUGGGGGAAUCGGAGAGGAGGCUCCAAGACUCCUCGCCGGAGACCAGCGGAGAGAGUACGGGUACUCCGCUGCCCACACCCUCCCUGCGCAGAAGACCUCCGCGCAGGGAGAGUAGGAGGAGACUUGGCGUCAAGGAAUUUUUGUGCUGGAAGAAGUUCAAGAAACGCCCACUGACGGAUUCUGCCAGCGACUGAGACAGUCACGAUGCUGGAGGCUGUUCAGUCAGGAAGGGUUUAACCAGGUAACCUCGCCAGCAGUGGCGGCAACUUACGCACGAGCAACCCCUAAAUCCAUUACAGUCAUCAUCAUCAUUUAUUAUUGUUGCAUACUGCCUUUCAUUCAGAGAUCACAGGGCAGUUCCAGGGUGGAUUUGAUUUAAAUCAAAUCGAUUUAAAUCACAAUUUAAAUCACUAAUCAGUAAGACUUGAUUUAAAUCAUUUUUAAAGGAAAGCCUCAUUCUUGCUGGUAUAAUGUUAAUAUUUACAACCAGAGGAAAGUUUCAUUUUUGGAAUAAUAAAUUUUCUUAGACUGAGUUUUAGCACACAUGAAAAACUUAAAACAAAUCCUUAUUUCCUAAUGAAUAGCCUUUGGACUAUAAUGUGACAUAAAUAGAAAACUAUCAUUAGAAAGAUUUUUCUUAAAAAUCCGAUUUUAAAAAAAUAAAAAAUCAUUGAUUUUUAUCCACCCUGGGAGGUUCAUAGAAACACAAAAUGAGAACACAAAAUACAUGGUGAUAAUAAAAAACACCCAAUAACCCACCUCCCACAAACAUUUUAAAAGCCAAAGAAAGUUUACUCAGCCAAAGCUCUGGUUAUAGAGAAACGUAUUAGCCUAGCGCCUAAAGAUAUGUCAUGAAGGCACUGGAUGAGCCUCCCUGAGGAGAGCAUUGCACAAUUAUUAUUAUCAUUGCUAUUUAUUGAUUACCUGCCCUUCACCCUAAAGUCCCAGGGUGGAUUACACUAAUAAAACACAAUAUUAAAAACACAACUUGCUGUCAUAAAAAUAUUCUGAGAUGCUAAGAGCCAUGUAGGGCGGCUCCCUCCUCCACAGUAUAAGACGUGUUGCAGCCUCUGCAUCGGCAGCGCUUGACUUCUUCCCUCCUAAAUUGUAGGUGUGGUUUCCCUGCUUCUCCCAACAUGCCCACAGAGAGGCUGUGUGCGGUACUAGAUUGGGAAUGAGGAACGUUUGGCCCUCCAGAUAUUACUAAACUGCACCUCCCAUCCUACCCGACUCCUGGCCAUGCUGACUGGGACUGAUGGGAGUUGGAGUCUUAAAAGCAUUGGAAGAGCCCCAGGUUCCCCAUCCCUGAUGCCAAUGAAGGCUUUCAGGUUUCUGACCUGCAGCAGAUCGCCUUCCCAAACUGUGGUCUUUCGGACCCAGCAGCUUCCUUUCAGGAAAGUAAAGUACUGUACAAUCCGGAGUAGCAUUGACGUCUUCUGCCCCAUGAGUCCCAAACUUGGAAAGAUGUACAGUGGUACCUCAGGUUACAUACGCUUCAGGUUACAGACUCCACUAACCCAGAAAUAGUGCUUCAGGUUAAGAACUUUGCUUCAGGAUGAGAACAGAAAUCAUGCUCUGGCAGCGCUGCGGCAGCAGAAGGCCCCAUUAGCUAAAAUGAUGCUUCAGGUUAAGAACAGUUUCAGGUUAAGAACGGACCUCCGGAACGAAUUAAGUACUUAACCCGAGGUACCACUGUAUAGCUGCAGGCCAUCUUUCUGCAGAGUGAGGUCCUGAGUUGGUGAUCUAUGAAUAGUAUGGUGCAAUAAAUACUUCCUCUUUUCCUUCUUUCUUUUUUUUCUUCUUGUCUUUUCAUGGCUUUUUUAGAUCUUGGACUGUGUUGCAGAUGGGAUGGCCUUUGGGGCUCUGCUGCCCUGCGAGGAGUGCAAAGGGCAGUUUGUGUUCAAGGGCGACGCUUACUACUGUACACGCUACAUUACCGGUUGGACCAAGUGUGUUGCCAAGACGCAGACUCCCAAAAGGAAAGACUGGGUAAUCCCAAAGGUAGGCAGUGCAUCAUGUUUUUAACUGCAUAUUUUAAUUUAUUUAAUAGCUACACACACAAACACAGUCUCCCUGUGCAGCCCAGUACUGUCAUCCCUUCUCCUGCCUCCCUCACCAUCGUUCUGAUGAAAAUAGGUUUGGGCUGGACCUGGAGAAACUGGACUGGCUCUGUCCCACGCACAGCCGCCUCGCUCCAUCUUCAGCAAUAGCCUUGGUGGAUAGGAGAGAAAGGAGGAGGCAGAGACUUCUCUUGUUUUUCCAUCCCUUCCUCUCUCCAUCUCCAGGAGUGCCGUAUUUUUCGCCCUAUAGGACGCACCAGCCCAUAGGACGCACCUAGGUUUUUUUGGGGGGGGGAUAAAGAAAAAAAUUUAUCCCCCCCCCCCAGCCGCGGCUUCAGCGCGCUCCGGGCAGCAGGCUGCGGAUGUCUGCCUGAAGCGCGGGGCGCUCUGCUGCAGCGCACCCCGCGCUCCAGGCAGCAGGCUGCUAUCCGCAGCCUAGGGAGCCCUGCGGGAACUCCCGCAGGGCGCCCUAGGCUGCAGAAGCUGCGCGAAGCCCGAAGCUUGGGGCGUGCUGAGCUUAGCGCUCCCCAAGCUUCUGGGUGCAGGCAAGCUCUCCGCUAGCGGUGGGAGAGCUGCGCUAAGCCCGAAGCCUGGGGGCGCGCUGAGCUCAGUGCCCCCCCCCCAGGCUUCGAGGUGCAGGCAGCUCUCCCCAAGCCGUGGGAGAGCUGCGCGAAGUCACGCAGCUCUCCCACGGCUUGCGGAUAGCUUUCUGAAGCCUGGAGAGCGAGAGGGGUCAGUGCGCACCGACCCCUCUCGCUCUCCAGGCUUCAGCGUAAGCCUGCAUUCGCCCCAUAGGACGCACACACAUUACCCCUUCGUUUUUGGAGGGGAAAAAGUGCGUCCUAUAGGGUGAAAAAUACGGUAUUUUUUCCACAGUUGGCAGAGCCAGGCUUGCUUUGGUUGGCCCAGGGUUGGUCAAAUGCAUCUAAGCGAUUCCUGUUCUGAACCGCAGGUCCCAAGGGGAGCCUGUGUACUCGAGUGGUUUGACGCAGGGAUGCCAAAGGAGGGCGUCAAAAACUCCGGCACGAUCUGUUCCAGUGCUUUAUUGUAAGAAAGAGCAAGCUUGCAGUAAAUCAGCCUGCUGGGCUAUGCUGCCAUCACAAACGCGGGGAUUUUUGGUUUUAUUAAGCAGAAAUGGUUAGAGCCCUGUCUGGGAUGGGUAACGGGGGUGCAGCCUAGAUUCCCAGCAAAACCUCCCCCCCCCUCCACUGAGUUCGGAAUGCAGAGGGGAAUUCUAAGCAAAAAUGUAUUUACGAUACGAUACGAUGAUCUUUAUUGUCAUUGUCCCAUACAGAACAAUGACAUUGAAAAAUCUACAUAAGACAUUCAAAAACCAAACAAGCCUGCUAUCCCAACCUGGUUAGCCCCCGAAAAACUCUGAUACCCCAUUUUUAAAUACAAUAUACUCCUAUAGAGACUCCUUACACUGUGUUUAAAACCAAAAUCGCAUUUGGAUAGAAACUGUUUCUCAGGCGGCUAGUCCUAGUCUUUACAGUGGUACCCCGCAAGACGAACGCCUCGCAAGACGGAAAACCCGCUAGACGAAAGGGUUUUCCGUUUUGGAGGCGCUUCGCAAAACGAAUUUCCCUAUGGGCUUGCUUCGCAAGACGACAGCCCAUAGGAUAUCUCAGGGACAGCGGGAAGCGCAGCGCGUCUUCCCCACUGUCCUCGGACCUCCUCCGAAGCCUGGCGGCGGGGGGGGCACCCCCCCUCCCGCCGCCGCGGGGCUCGGUAUGGCUCCUCCGAAGCCGGGCGGGGGGAGGGAACACCUGCCGCCGCCGCCCGGCCCGGAACGGUGCUCCGAGCCGGGCGGGGGGAGGGAACACCUGCCGCCGCCGCCCGGCUCGGAACGGUGCUCCGAGCCGGGCGGGGGGAGGAAGACCUCCCGCCUCUGCCCGGCCUCGGGACGGUGCUCCGAGCCGGGCGGGGGGGGGUAGACCUUCUGAAGGCGGGCGGGGGGCGAAAGUCUUUGCUCCCCUGCCUGCCUGUCCCGGAGGGCUUUUGAAGGCGGGGAGCAAAGACUUUCGCCCCGCCCGCCUUCAGAAGAGGUCCAGGACCUCUUCUGAAGGCUGGCGGGGGCAAAGUCUUUGUCCCCCUGCCUGCCUUCCCAGGGGCUUUUAAAUUGCCCCGGACAGCGGAGAAGUCCUCCGCUGUCCCGGGUGAUUUUAAAAUGCCGCCCGCCAGCAUUUUAAGAUCGCCCGGACAGCGGAGAAGUCCUCCGCUGUCCCGGGGUUUUUUAAAAUGCUGGGGGUGGGAAGAAAAGCCCUUGCCCCCAGCCUUCAGAAGAGGUCCGGGGACAGACUGUCCCCGGACCUGGUCUGAAGGCGGUUUCCCUAGGAACGCAUUAAUUGAUUUUCAAUGCAUUCCUAUGGGAAACCGUGCAUCGCAAGACGAAAAACUCGCAAGACGAAGAGACUUGCGGAACGAAUUAAUUUCGUCUUGCGAGGCACCACUGUAUAACCUUCUUCCAGAAGGCAGAAGCUGAAAGAGAUCAUUUCCGGGGUGCGCACUAUCCUGCGCUAUCUCUGCAGCUUUCUUAUGGCACCUGGAAGCAUAGAUUUGAUCCAAGGUGGGAAGAGUGCACCCAGUUAUUCUCUCCACAGUCUUUACAACCCUGGACAGCAUUGUUUUCCCCUGACCGUGCAGCUCCCAAACCCCUUGAAAGAAAUUGUGUGUGGCUUUAAGUCUAGGGUGAAUUACAUUUACUGGAGAGAAGCAGGCCUCUAGUAGUGCAGAGGAAUCUUCACAAUAGCAAAUAUUAUUCUCUGAAUUAAGUUGAUUUUGAUCAUUGUAGUAGCCUGUGGGAUCUUCUCACGUGUGUUAACUUUUCUUACCCAAAACGCAGGAGUUCCGAGAAAUUGCUUAUCUAAAGAAAUUCAAAUUUAAGAAGCAGGAUAGAGCAUUCCCUCCAGAGGCUGCCUCUGAAAACUCAGCACUUCCUCCAACAGUUGCUACCCAUAUUACAGAGAACUCAGCUGCACCAGCAGGUAAAUAACCUGCAGGCGUUGUUCAUACUAAAGAGAAACUGAUUUGAUGAAGAAAACUUUCCAAAAUGUUUGCAGAAUUGGCUGAAAGGGGUGAGGAAAGCACAGGGCAGAAAUGGCCUUUUUCUGUCCUCUUGCUGCCACCUACUGGCUAACUGGAGCAUAAUAAGCCCCCUAAUAGCAACUAACACAAGAGCUUCCCAAACUUUUCCUGUUGGUGACCCACUUUUGAGACAUUUCGCGACACAGUAAUUCAGUUCUUCCAGCAAACUGGAGGUUAAACUAAGCCCUUUUUCGAGCCCCAGGAGGAGUGCAGGGAGUGUUCAUAUGGCACACCUACAGACUGCAGCCGACUCUCUUUUAACAUGUCGUGACACACAGUUUGGGAAGCUCCAAACUAACAACUUACAACACUCUUCCCCAACCCUGGUGCCCAUCACAUGCUAGACUACAGCUUCCAUCAGCCACAGCGAUCACAGCCAAUGGUAAAGGAUGAUGGGAGUUGUAAUCCAAAACAUAUGGAAGGCUUUAGGCCGGGGGGGGUGGAAAGAGGCUAGCCUGCAUGAUGCAAAUACAAGUUUUAAGGCUUGUAGGCAGUGCCAGGCAAAGUCUUGGUGGUCAUUAAGAACUUGACCUUCAUGUAACUUCAUGUAAUAAACUCUAUAAAUUAAGCAAUUCAUACACAUUUUCUUAAAAUUUGGGUAACCUUGAUGUGGGGGGGUGGUUCUCAAUAUGUUCAGAGUUUUUUGUGUCUCCUGUGUUUCUUCUGUACAUCACACAGUCUGUGUUUACCUUUGAACUGCCAGGUAAACCGUUAAGUAGCAUGAAGAUUUUGAUCGUUGGAAAACUGUCGAAGAACAAGGAUGAAAUCAAGUCUGUCAUUGAGGAACUUGGAGGAAAGGUGACGGCUACUGUGAACAAAGCUGAUCUGUGCAUCAGCUCACAAAGUGAGUAAUGCUCUUAAUGGGUGGUGUUAAGAAACAGGAAGACUCCCAGUAGGAGAAAAGUGUGAAGUUAGAUGAGGUAACUAGUUAAUAUGAAAAGAAGAAGUACAGUGCAGUCUAGGACUGGGCGAUAGAUAUUGUCUGAAGCCAAUUUGAAGCCCCUAUUAUGAUAUCGGUUUCAUCAUUUUUGACCUGGAAAUAUAUCGCGAAUCAUGAUGUGUGUGGUGCAUUGUGUGCAAAAAUCACAAUGUGGGAAAAACCGUGAAGCCAGUCAAUGCCUCUAUAUAGCUCCAUCCUUAUUUCAGACAUCGUGAUACAUCAGUAUAUCACAGCGUUUAGCUGGUGAUAUAUCAGGUUGAAAACCAGAUAACUUCUAGCCCUAGUGCAGGCAUUGGGAUGUUACUGUGGUGCCACCUACCCUUUGAAACACCCUCUUAUUACAUAUCAGAUGAGCACCUCUUACUGUCUUUUUGGUGCCUAGUGAUGUUUACCCUUUUUCAACAAGCCUCUUGAGCAGAGAAUCUUAUGCUGUUCAGUAUCUGCAUUGGGUUUGAAUUUGGUUUUUAUAUGUUUUGUGGUUGUGGGCUAUCAAUGUCUUUGUUGGUAAUUGUUUCGGGAUGUUUUGUGGGAAGUGGUUCUUAAGUUAAGUUAGAUAUAAUUUAUUACGGUCAGAGACCAGCUUAUAAAACACACUUGGGGUACAGUCCCAGAAGGAAACCAAACAAUUAAAACAAUGUACAACAAUGAAUUUAAAAUUUAUAAAUGCAAUAAGCAUAUAGACACUUAAAACUUUUAAGAUAAACUACCGCAGGGAGCUGACCCAGAUUUACCCAUGGAACAAAGUUUGGGGAUUUUCUUAACGAACUAGUUUGAGUCGGGAGAUGGUCUGUGCCUACAGAUCUGUACACAGAAUCUGGCGACCAUCUGGGUCAUCUUCUGAUCUUUGCCUAACAGGAAAAGGUCGAAUUUUUGCUUUUCCGGGAGAUCAGCAAGCCUCACCAGUAGGGGCUCAGUGGUCUUACUACAUGCCUCUUCAUAAAAGGGACAUCUGAAGAACAAGUGCUCUGGGCUUUCUAUCACCCCCAAUGAACAGGUGCAAAGUCUCUGAGCAUAUGGGAUUUUUUUAAAGGCUCCUUCCAGGACUGGCAAGGGCAGAGCCGAGCUUGUAAGUUAAAAUAACUUGCAUGUGCAAGAAAAUCGCAAGAACAAUGACACAGCGUGCUCUGCUUCCCUUUUCCAGAGGAGGUUGAGAAAAUGAACAAGAAAAUGGAAGAAGUGAAGGAGGCCCAGGUGCGCGUUGUCUCUGAGGAAUUUCUCCAGGAUGUGCAGUCCUCCAGCAAGGGUUUUCAGGAGCUGCUUUCGCUUCGUGCUCUUUCUCCCUGGGGCGCUGAAGUUAAGCAGGAGCACAAAGCGGUUCCCGUGGGAGGAAAAUCCAGCGGACAGUCGAACACGAAAAGUACCGGGAAGGUCAAGGAAGAGCAAGGUGAAAAACCCAUGGGACUCCCAAUUUUUUUUACUAUUGUUCUUGGCAUUUGUUACAUUCAGGGUAGAAGCCAGUUUUGGGGUUCACUCCUGAAAUUAAGGAGGUGAUUAGUGGAGGGAAGGCUUAGAAUCACAGAAUUGUGGAGUUGGAAUUUACAACACUAUAAAAUACAGCUUAACACUGCAUCUCUCCCUCUCCUGAUCCAGGAACAAGCAAAUCGGAAAAGAAGAUGAAGCUGACAGUUAAAGGAGGAGCUGCUGUGGAUCCCGAUUCAGGUGACCAUUUCUACAUCCAUUUAAGGGUUGCCAGAAGGUGACAGGACUCCUACACUUUUGCACCUUGAAUAGUUGUCCAGAAGAGGGAAUUUCAGCAAGUGCAGUUUGCGUAGUAAGCUGAAAUUCCCUCUUCACAACUUCUGAAAGGGUGCAGCCACUCUGUCCUUUUAUGGAUUGGGGACAGGUUGUAGAACACCAUCAGUAAAUAAAUUCCAUGUGUUGAGAAGCCCCUUUGAAAUGUCUCUGUGUGUGCUUCAGGGAAAGGGGAUGUAUUUCAGCAUCUCUGUGCUAUGUGUUCAAGUUAAAACAAUAAUUUGGAUAAGGGUCAAAUGUGUUUCCCCCUGUCUAUGGUUGACUGCCUUUUUUUACAGGCUUGGAAGAUUCUGCCCAUGUCUUUGAAAAAGGUGGCAAAAUCUUCAGUGCCACUCUUGGGCUGGUAGAUAUUACUAAAGGAACAAAUUCGUAUUACAAGCUUCAGCUGUUGGAAGAUGACCGAGAAAUCAGGUUUGCUUUUCUUCCUCCCUUCCCAAAUAGAAAGUGUGCUGCUAAUUUUUCUCCUGCUUGGCUCCUCUGUUUGAAUCAUUUUUUUGGCGAGACUUGAACAAAAGAUAGACCUUUGGUCUGAUCCAGCAGGGGGGUUCCUAAGUUCUCUACACACUUACCUUGGAGUAGAUCCUAUUGAACUAGGUGGCUCUCUCUGCUGAUACUUGCAUAGGGCAGCAGCCUUAGUCCUGUCUGUGUCUCCUUUGAAGAUGUAACAGAGUUAUUUUAUGGCAUAGACUCUCAUGGACUUGAAUGCAAACACAAGAGUUAGUCUGUGCCAUUUAUGUUUGAGUUUAAUAAAAAGGUUUUUGUCUUACUGUUGGUUUUAAACUGGCACAACAAAGUCAGGAGUACCCCCUAUUGCUGCUGUUGUGAAUUGAUUGAUUAAAGUGUUCCCAACCUACCUUUCAGGCCCUCAUCAGUUGGGUUGGAAGGAGCAAGGCAGCUCGCAAGAACAGGUUAAAAAAAACGUAAAACAAAAUGGAGAGCCAGAAACCUGAAUCAACUUAACCUUAAAUCCCAGCAGCAAGGGGAAAUGGUCACUGUCCUUUUUUAAUUUGUUACUUUUGACUUUGAUGGAAAUGUCAGACUUUAUUUUCUGCCCAGAAAAAACUGUUUAGUUUCCUUACCUUCAAACCCCUUUGUAGACAAUCUUAUCUGUCUUGGGUGACAUCAAGCAAGCCUAUCAAUCAAGAUUAGAUUGUCCCUUCCUUUGUUCAGCAUCUGCCUUUGUUGUUACGCUCGAUCAAAAGCUGUGUACAGUUCAAAGUGUGCUGUUUGAGUUCUGAAGAAACUCUUAUGCAGGAAAUAUCUCUGCCCCAGCCAGGAUGUUAAGAGAUGAUGGGAGUUGUGGUCCAGCAAUAUAUGGAGAAAACUAUCGAGGUUGAUUCUACCUGCCAAUUUCUCCCCUUUCCCUCUGAAUUUAGAUACUGGGUAUUCCGUUCUUGGGGCCGUGUUGGCACAGUCAUUGGAAGCAACAAGCUAGAGCAGAUGCCAUCGAAAGAAGAAGCCAUUGAGCACUUCCUGAAUCUGUAUGAGGAAAAGACGGGCAACUCGUGGCAUUCCAAGAAUUUCACUAAAUAUCCCAAAAAAUUCUAUCCUCUGGAAAUAGACUAUGGGCAGGUAACUUGGGUGACCCUGUUUAAAAUCACAACUGUAUCAGAGAUCAUGCAAACAGGAAGUACUUAUGAUUAUUUGGGAGAAGUCCAAACAGCAGGUUUUUAACACAAAUGUGCAUGUGUGAACUUCCAUCUAAAAUUAAACAUUUGAGUCGAUAUAAGACCCCCCCAGCUGUUGAAAUAGGUACCCACACAAAAUUUAUUAAAAAAUAAAUUCUUUUUUUAAAAACACAAAAACACAACAGCUUCAGAUGUUGCAAGGGCAGUGAGGUCGGGGGGUAUUUAUCUUGCCAGGCUGGAAGUAGAAGUCUUUUGGCAACCAUAAGGGCUUGCAACAUUCACAACAUUGUUGACCUAUUGUUAAUCCCAUGCUAUAGAAAUAUAGCUUUAAAAUAUAUGCCACCGGCAAAUAUAAACGAUUUUGCUGUAUACAAACAGACAAGAACUACUACUACUACUAAUAUGCAAAUGUACUAGCUCUGGACUUGAAUUUCCCAAGCAUUGAGGGGGGGGGGAGAUUGCCCAGGAUUUUAACUGAUUUUAUAUCUACUGCUUUUUGUAUUUUUACUGUUGCUACAAUAACUGCUUUUGUUUCUGAUGUUUUUGAUCUGUUUUAUAUUUGUUUUAUGGUUCUCUUUUGUAGGCUUAUGUUGGAAAUCUAGAUUAAGAAAAUUAUGGUGUUUUUUAAAAAGGAAUCCCUGAAUUUUGGGGAAUUAAUUGGACGCAACUGGAAAUCAAUCUUAUUUCUUUUACAGGGAAAAAAAUCUAUUGAACCAGUUGAUUCAAAACACAGUGUUAAGAUUUUGCUUUCAAUGCUUGGGGGGAGGGAUGGAAAUGUCUGAGCUAUAAGAUCACUAGAAAACUGCAUGAACAUCUUCAGCUUGGAGUAUUUAAUCAGAAUCCAUUCUUGCUUCAGAAUCUCUGCACGUGUAAACAGAUAUUGAUGGUCUUUCCCCCCCUCCUUAGGAUGAAGAAGCAGUGAAGAAGCUGACUGUGAGUGCAGGAACCAAAUCCAAGCUUCCUAAGGCAGUCCAGGACCUUAUCAAGAUGAUAUUUGAUGUGGAAAGCAUGAAGAAAGCCAUGGUGGAAUUUGAGGUUACUAGGCAUCCUUGGCUUAACCCCUUUGUCGUUCUCGCUUUUGUUCACCGUGUCAUAAUGGCAGCAGUGCUUUCCUAACACUAGCCGUUUUCCCAUGGGGUUCAGUAGUCAGUGGUGGCGGCACUCAAUAAUGAGAAAGUCCCCCACAUGAAACUGAGGUGAUACAGCACUUACGGCAUCUUCAGAGUGCGAAGCUCUUAAAUAGACCUUUAAACAGAUAACUUGUUAAAAAACGAAACAAAAAGUUUAUCUGUUCUCUUCGUGGAACAUUCUACUUUAAGACAUUGAGCUUUUCAAUAAGCAAUCUCUGAACGUUUUCACAUAACGACAAGUCUCACGUUGAUUCCUUCCAUUUAUCUCAUUGCCAGAUUGACCUCCAGAAGAUGCCUUUGGGGAAGCUAAGCAAGAGACAAAUCCAGAGUGCAUACUCCAUCCUUAAUGAGGUGCAUCAGGUGAGGAUGAAAUAAAAGGCACCUUUGGAAUGGUUGAGGGAACUCUUGAAUUCUUAGCGCUUCUCCCCUCCCAAAAAUUGCACUUCUGUUUUCCCCUAAACCUCCCUUUUCAUGAAGGUAAGAUGAAGAGUCUUUGUUAUAUAGUGAAAGGGUUGCUCUAUUCUCUUUCUCUUGUUUCUUGUUCAUCAGAAUGGCUGUGCCAGAAGGGUGUGAUUUGAUUAUGUGAUUAUUUCUCAGCUGAGGCGGUACUGAAGCCUUUGAAGUGUAUGGCUUGGCAUUCCAUGGAAGUCAAGCUAGAUUGACAGCUUUUAUAAACUCUCUUGUUAAAUUUGGUGGGGCUGCGCUGUCAGCUAGUUUGGCCUAAUAUUACUGUAGGAAGAGUUCUUCACUGCACACCCAAGAACGUGACCAGAAAUAUUGGGAUUGAGCCCAAGUCUGUACUUUGCUCCCUGCUUACUUGUUCAGCAUAUUACAAAGGAAAAUCUUCAAGUCCUAAGCAAGCAUUUUAAGAGUUCAUGCUUGCUGUUUUAAAAUAAAUGUAAGACAGAUUCAAAUAAAUGUAACUGUCUUUUAGGGCCUGUCUAACCCUAUUAACUUGAUUCACUAUGGGAUGGAUUUGUGAACAAGAUUGAAUUGAAUUGAAAAUACCAUAUUUUCCGCUCUAUAGGACGCACUUUUUCCCCUCCAGAAAUUAAGGGGAAAUGUGUGUGCAUCCUCUGGAGCGAAUGCAGGCUCUUUGGCUUCAGCGAUAGCAACGCGAAGCCUCCAAAGCACAGAGGGAGCGUACCCCCACGCUCCGGAGGCUACGCGUUGUUUUCGCUGAAGCCUGGAGAGCAAGAGGGGUCAGGGAGCACCGACCCCUCUCGCUCUCCAGGCUUCAGGGAUAGCCGCCUGAAGCCUUUGGAGCGCAGCGGGAACUCGCGCUGUGCUCCAAAGGCUUCACAACCUUGCCGCCGCUCCCGGACCUGUUCUGGGGGCUGGGGUCAGGGGAAGCUCGGGCUUCCCCCGCCCCAGCCCCGCAGCUAAAAACGAAGCCAAGACAGCGAGCAGGAUCCGUCCCGCUCGCUGUCUUGGCUUCUGCCAAAGCCGCGCGCAGCCUCUCCCAGCUGGAGAGGUUGUGCGUGGCUAAAGAGGAAGCCAAGACAGCCAGCGGGAUGGAUUCCGCUCGCUGUCUUGGCUUCUUUGCUCUUUGGGGCUUGGGGGGGGGUGGGAAAUAAGAUUUUUUUUCUUGAUUCCCCCCCCCUCUAAAAACUAUGUGUGCCUUAUGGAGCGAAAAAUACGGUAAAUGGGAGAGCUGCUUUUACGGAAGUGUUGGUUUUCCAGAAAACUUGUUCUUGCUAAAGUUAUAAAUGUGUGACCUGAACUAAGCCUAGCUUUUUGUAAGUGAAGUCACUCAGGUACACAUAUUUGCUGAUUUUUAUUAUUAUUUUUAUUUUGUUGCUUUUCCUUUUUAUGUAGGCAGUUUCUGACGGUGGCACCGAUUCACAGAUAUUGGAUCUUUCCAACCGCUUCUACACUCUGAUCCCCCAUGACUUUGGGAUGAAGAAGCCUCCUCUCUUGAAUAAUCUAGAUUACAUUAAGGUAUUGAUGAGGAACCUCUGGCGCAAACAGCAGCAUUUAGUUUUGACAGCUGGCCCUUAAAGCACAGAAAUAAAAUAAAUUGUGUACCAACUCCUAGAGCAGAUGGGCAGUCUGCACACUUCAGGCUUAUUUCAGGUGGGGUGGAGGGAAUAUAGAUGCAUAUUAGGGGGCAUGAAUGGACAGAGGGGGAGACAAAAUGGAUGGAGCAAUGGAAGAGGGGGGCAGGAAUCUCUCUGAAUGUGAUGAGUUCAGACAUCAGGUGAGAGUGAACUGCCCCUUAACCAGAGGCCCACUGAGCAGAGGGCAAAAGAGAGAUCUGCAUAGCACAAUAAUAAUAAUUUAUUAUUUCUACCCAGCCCAUGUGGCUGGAUUUCCCCAGCCAUUCUGGGUGGCUCCCAACAGAAUAUUAAAAACACAGUAAAACACCAAACAUUAAAAGCUUCCCUAAACAGGGCUGCCUUCAGAUGUCUUCUAAAAGUCAGAUAGUUGUUUAUUUCCUUGACAUCUGGUGGGAGGGUGUUCCACAGGGUGGGCGCCACUACUGAGAAGGCCCUCGAAGCUGGACCUCAGUGUCCAGGCUGAGUGAUGGGGGUGGAGAUGCUCCUUCAGGUAUACUGGGCCGAGGCCGUUUACGGUUUUAAAGGUCAGCACCAACACUUUGAAUUGUGCUCGGAGAGAGCAGGGUGUUGGAAUUGAACCAGAGAGAUUUGGGUUCAUAUCCUUGCUCUGCCUUAAAACUUAGUGGGUGACCUAUCACUAGCCCUUAGCUUAAUAAACCUCAUGGAUCGAUUUGUGGGGGGAAAUGAGUGGAAGGGGAGGAACUAUGUUGACAGGCUUAAAUCUGGGACAAAAAUUUUACUGUUAACAGGACGUUGCUGCUGACCUUGUAUCCGACUUCCUUAGCAGCAAUGUGACAUGUAGAUCCCCACACAAUCUAUUGGGGCUAAGUCCUUAGGCCAUGAAAUGUGUUUGCUGCCAAGAAUAACCGCAUCUUCUUGUUUUAUCAAGUCCAAGGUGGAGAUGUUGGACAAUCUGCUUGACAUUGAGGUCGCCUACAGCCUACUCAGAAGUGGGGGUCAGGAUGGGGAUAAAGAUCCAAUAGAUGUGAACUAUGAAAAGCUCAAAACAGAUAUCAAGGUAAGAUAUCAUGGCACAGAAACAAGGCUGUUGUAUAUCUCAAAAGAGUUGUUUUUCAAAACAAGCUGAGGACACCCACCCAGUGUUGACAGGCAGUUUGGAUGGCUAUACCUACAAAGCAUAUUUUGUUAUUUGCUUGGAGAUACCAGACAAGGGACACAAUUUCAACCUGGGUUCAACUUACUCCCAGGGUAAAUAAGCUUCAAAGACACCUCUAGGGUCAGGCCUUCCAUCUGUGCCUUGGCUGUCUCUUUCUGAACCCCUAUUUAAAAGGAGAUAGGUUUAUGAAGAAGAGCCAGAAGAGCACCAAAGCCAGAUUUCCUGCCUUAGGAAAAGUGGUCCUGUCUGCAGUCUAGUCUUUGCUACUCCCUGGAUGCCACUCAGCUGGGCUUUCAGGAUCAACCACAGGAUACCUCUGAGAAAAUGUCCUAACCCAUGGGUGCUGAACCAGUAUUUUUUCUUGUCAUUGUCCCCUUUCAAAAUAAGGCCAAACCUCCCGGCUCAAUAGGAACAUGAAAUCAUUUAAAUUGUGUAAUACUUUUAAUGGCCUAAUGUGUUCUUAGCAUUCUUUUCACUUCAGGUUUUCAAUACUUUCCCCCAUUAUUUUCCUUCAAAGGUAGUAGAUAAAGACUCGGAAGAAGCGAAGAUCCUAAAGCAGUAUGUUAAGAAUACCCAUGCAAGCACCCACAACGCGUAUGACUUGAAAGUCAUGGAGGUAGGUUCUGACUGGGGAUCGAAAAUAAUUGUUUAAAUUCAAAAUCAGUCAUUUUAACACACAAUAAAACAAGUAAAAUGACCGGUUCUGAACUAAGCUUUGUGUAGAAUAGUAUUCCAUAUGCGAAAACCUAAAGGAACACAAGCUCUUCUGAGAGCCAGUGUGGUGUAGUGGUUAAGAGCGGUAGACUCGUAAUCUGGUGAACCGGGUUCGCGUCUCCGCUCUUCCACAUGCAGCUGCUGGAUGACCUUGGGCCAGUCACACUUCUUUGAAGUCUCUCAGCCCCACUCAUCUCACAGAGUGUUUGUUGUGGGGAAGGAAGGGAAAGGAGAAUGUUAGCCGCUUUGAGACUCCUUCGGGUAGUGAUAAAGCGGGAUAUCAAAUCCAAACUCUUCUUCUGUGAGUGAGGCUCUGUGAGUUGCUCACUAUAUGUGUAUAUACCCUGGGACCUUUGGGUGAAGGGUGGGAAAUAAAUACCAGUUGGAAUGCCAGUUGCUGGGGAGCAAGAGGAGGUCUCAUGUCUUGCUUGUGGGCUUCACAUAGGCAUCUGGGUGGUGGCUGUAGGAGAAGAAUGCUGACCUAGAAAAUCCAGACAGGACAGUUGUGGGUUUUAUUUUGUUUUGUUUUUGCAGGUUAAGGAUUGAGGAUGGGAUGGGCCAUGGGAUUGAGUCUUCUCUUUUCAUAUUCUUCUUUCUUGGUCAAUAGCCUGUCUGGGAUUCCCCAGUCCCAGGUCACAUGAAAACCCAGCCCAUGCAGCUGUCUCGUUCAUUUUGGGUCAAGUGGUUUUUUCCCCCCUCCCCCCAAACCCAAGUCUAAAGUAUGGAAAUUCGAACCUUCAAGGCCACCUUAAUUCUUAGAUGGCUGAAACGAAAUGUGGCAUCAAGCAUUUCCAUAUCUCAAGCAAUCUGGAAGAUUUAACUUUCCCAGAGAAUUCUGAAUUUAACAUUUUGUGUAUAACUUGUGCUGGCAAGGCCCACGUGUGUGCUGUGUUUGUGGCCUGUUCUGCAUGAUGUGCUAAGCUGAACACGAGGGCACGUGGGCAUCUGGGCAAGAACUUGGCAGCCGCUUUGCUCCUCCGUGGUCCUUUCUGCUGCCUUUCAAGGCUUGGCUGAGUGUAUCAUCCAAAUCAGGCUCAUGGUUAAGCUCACUAGCCAUGAACUGUAACCCACAGCAGCAAGGACAAGCCGUAGCUGUAGUGGUAAACAUCAGCCUUGCAUGCACAAGGUUCCAGGUCCAGUCCCUGGCGUCUCCAUAUAGGGCUGGGAGAGACCAUUGUCUGAAAGAGCUUCUCCCAAUCAGCAUAGACAUUACUGAGCUAGGUAGACCAAUGGUCUUUAGUAUAAGGCAGCUUGUGAAAUGUUUUUUCAGUGAUCACAUAUCUUGAUGUAUGGUUCGUUCCCUCUCUUCUCCACACCUCUCCAUCCCUUCCGAAGAUUUUCAAGAUUGAGCGGGAAGGAGAAGCUCAGCGUUAUAGGCCAUUCCAGGAGUUGCACAACCGUCAGUUGCUCUGGCACGGUUCUCGCACAACCAACUACGCUGGCAUCUUGUCGCAGGGUCUCCGAAUAGCUCCUCCUGAAGCUCCUGUGGUAUGUACAAGGCUAGUUUGCUAGUGUAUUGCGUGUAGAAACAGAACUUUUAAUCCCUCUCCCCAAAAAACCCCUUUUUGGUUUCCAUGUACAAUAGAAAGAAGGAAGUGUGACCUGCAACAAAAUGUUGCCAUGUGGGGAGUUCCUGUUCAAUGCCUUCCUCCAGUGGAUACUCCCAGAUUUCCACUCCCACCUAUUUUCAAGGCUUUUUUCUCCCCAACAAUCAGUCAGUAUUCCGUCCGCUCCUAAUCAGUCAGCUACUGAGCAUGUGCGGUCCGCACUGGGGGUAGCCAGUAUGAUGUCAUCUAGAUGCUGCUGAACUGCAACACCCACCUGCCCCAGUCAGUAUGGCCCAUGGCCAUGGAAUUUGUAGCCCAGCAACAUCUGUGGGGCACCACGUUGCCUCUCCCCGUCCUAAAGGUUCUGAAUAUAUUUUUCCUUUGAUUCUGAACUUCUGCAAACUUUGGAGUUUCCCCCAAGCCUGCCGAUAACUCCUCCUUGCAUGGCGACUGGUGCUGCUUAGUCUGCGUAAGCAAUGGCCCUGGUAACCGGAACAUCAGAAGUAGAGGGAACAACUAAACAUCUAAUCUACUACUUGUCUGGAGAUAUACCAUUGGAAACCGUAUUAAUGUGGCUCAGGCUAGCCAAAACAACCUUCAAAAACAUUCCAUUAAGAUAAUUGCUCAAGAAAGUAUUCCUCUAAUACAGCUCAGGAUAUGAAUGUUUUUGCAUAUGUCUACGCAAGUAGCAUGUCUCCAUCUGCUAAAGUGGAGAGAGAAUGAGGCAUACUAGUCAAACUGCCCAAGUAAUUUUGUGUAAGCCUGCCUUUUCCCCUACAUUCAGAAUUCUGGCAAGAUGUACGCAUUAUUUUAUUUCAAAACCAUUUCUGCCCUGCCUUUCAAGGUCCAAAGUGGCUAAAGCUUUUACAGCCAAGGAUAAUAUCUAGCUUUUCAAAAUGUUGUUAGCCUUUCGUUCAACUUAAAGCGCCCAAGGCAGCAAAGAGUAGACAAAUGAGCAUAAAAGCAGGCCAUGAGAAAAGCACAAAAAAGCGAGAAAUACAGGAAAUACAUCCCAGAUAGCAGGCUGCUUUAAAAAGUGCAAGCAUCCAAGGGAUUCAAGCGGACAUACCAAUAACAUUUAAGCAAUACCAAUAAGUGUCAAGCAUAGUAGGAAGAAUUUAAAGACAGCUCCCUAUACAUCAGAAUUGAAUCAUAGAAUUGCAGAGUUGGAAGGGACUCCAAGGGUCAUCUAUUCCAACUCCUUCAAUGCAAGAAUCUCCGCUAAAGCAUCCAUCGUAGAGGAAGGCCUUUACAAUGAGGUUCUCAUUCUCACCCCAUAAAUCCAGCCCUUUGGGAAUGGUGAUCUGAGACCCAUCACCAUUGUAACCUGCAGUACAGUUCUACUGCAGCCUUCCCCAAUCUGGUACCCUCUAACUGUUUUAGACUACAACUGCCUCAGUUGCAACCACUACAGCCAGUAGUCAGGGAAGAGAAGGUGUUGUGGUUCAAGGCAUCUGGAGGGUACCAAGUUGGGGAAAGUGGUUCUGCUCAGUUUGCCUAAUUGGAGGGCUGCAAGAGACCGAAAGGCUACCCUUUGCAGUCCAGACCACGGACCAGAGACCCAAAUGACUAAAUCAGGCAAGUGGGGUUGGAUGCCACACAGGUGAAUGCAAAAGGAAACAAAACAAAGUGGUAAAACUGCUGUCAAAGAUAAUCUGGAAGAAAAUCAUUUCCUGCCUUCCAGUGUGGGAAAUCUUGUCAGAUGCCCAGGAAGGAGCUACAUGUCCACAGAGCUGUAGCCAGGUCCAUUCCAGGCAGAGCUUUAAUAAUAAUAAUAAUAAUAAUAAUAAUAAUAUUGUUAUUAUUAUUAUUUAUACCUCACCCACCUGGCUGGGUUUCCCCAGCCACUCUGGGCGGCAUCCAACAAAAGAUUAAAAAUACAUUAAAACAUCAGACAUUAAACAGGGCUGCCUUCAGAUUUCUUCUAAACAUCAGAUAGUUGUUUAUUUCGUUGACAUCUGGUGGGCGGGUGUUCCACAGGGCGGGUGCCACUACCGAGAAGGCCCUCUGCCUGGUUCCCUGUAACUUUGCUCCUUGCAGUGCGGGAACCGCCAGAAGGCCCUUGGCGCUGGACCUCAGUGUCCGAGCAGAAUGAUGGGGGUGGAGGCACUCCUUCAGGUAUAAUAUCCAUAUAUUUUUAACCAGGUUUCACAAAACAGGAAGUUGCAGUCUGUCCUCAAUUCCUCUGUUUUCUCACUAGACUUCUCUGAUGAGCUGAUUUCUGGUUGUUAAACUGUCACCGUUGUUUUCCUUCUAGACGGGCUACAUGUUUGGUAAAGGUAUCUACUUUGCUGAUAUGGUGUCCAAGAGUGCCAACUAUUGUCACACCUCUCAGACUGAUCCGAUUGGCUUAAUCUUGCUGGGAGAAGUUGCCCUUGGAAACAUGUAAGUCGAGUGUGUUUAGAGUACUUUUGCACCAUGUACGAUGAUGCAACUCCUAACUUCAAAGUAUCUUAAAUCCAAAUUUGGAACUCGACUGAUUUUUAAGAACCCUUUCACCAAGUUGAUUAUUUGCAAAAUAUAAAUGCUUGUGCUGCGUUCAUCAAAUGGCAGGCUUUAAAUCACGGUGAGUCUUAUUAAAGGGUUGCAUUCUGAAGUGGUGAAAUCGUGCAUCAGCUGAAUCUGCGAACCACUGUUCCAAACUGAAAAGGAAAGGCAAGGCUUUUUCUUCAAAUGUAUUCGAUGUACUGCUCUAAGUCCUCCUCCUCUCUGUUUGCUAGGUAUGAGUUGAAGAAUGCAUCCCACAUAACCAAGCUGCCGAAAGGAAAACACAGUGUCAAAGGUAAAACCCCAUUGGAAAUGCUGCUACAAAUGGGGACUCAAAGACUGCAAGCAAAUUUGCCAUAGUAGCCAAGGCUGGCCCUGGGCUUUUGGCCAAAUUCCUUCAAACUUGUUGGGAAAAGAUCUGCAAACUGUUUGGUGACUUCUGCAGUUAUUUUAGGUCAAUAGAAUAUGUUUUAAAAACCCAAAAAUAUAUCUACUGACAAUUUUAGCUGAAUAGCAAAUUAUAAGAUUGGAAAUUCUAAUUCAUUGAUGCCAACAUGAUGCUCUGCAUACAUCCUCAAAGCUGGAUAUGAGAGAUCUGGGUUGAAAUCCCUUGCUCUGUCACAGAGCUCACUAAGUAGUUCUUAUGAGGGAAUGUGGCCUUGAGAUGCAGAAGAUCCCCCAUCUCUGGUAUAUGCAAAUAGAAACCCAUUUCACAAAAAGCUUGGAUCUAGUGGCUAUCUAGUAGAACUGGAUUGGCUGGAUAUCUAAUAAUAUCCUGUUGUAAAUCUUUGUGAGCAGUAACAUAGGAUUGGAUCCAGACUUCAAAUCAAUAGGACAAGUGACCUGUCCCAUUGAUUUCAGCGGGAACUAUGUGGGAACUUGUACAUAAAGCUCCUAUCCCACCUUGCUAAUGCUCAUGAAGCAGUCAGGGCUGCUUUACAACAAUCUAAAAUCACAAUGAAAUGAAACUCUAAAGAAUGCCACAGUAAAAACGCAUAAAAUUCAAAAUACCGUUUUUGUACUAUAAGACGCACUUUUUCCCCUUCAAAAAUUAAGGGGAAAUGUGUGUGCGUCUUAUGGAGCGAAGUUCCCGCUGCGCUGUGGAGGCUUCAGGCAGCUAUCUGCAAGCCUUCGGAGCACAGCAGGAGUUCCCGCUGCGCUCCGAAGGCUUGCGGAUAGCUGCCUGAAGCCUGGAGAGUGAGAGGGGUCGGUGCACACUGAUCCCUCUUGCUCUCCAGGCUUCGCUUCGCUAGAGAGGCGCUGCACAGUUUUCCCUCUCUGCGCAGCGCCCCUUCAGCGAAGUGGGAGGAGAAAUGGAAGGGGCUCCGUUUCUCCUGCCGCUUCACUGAAGGGGUGCUGAGCAGAGAGGGGGAGAAUUAUUUUUUUCCUGUUCUCCCCCUCUAAAACAAGUUGCGUCCUAUGGUCCGGUGCGUCCUAUAGAGCGAAAAAUACGGUAAAAAAAAAAUUUGCUGCACAAUCCUAGCCAUGUCUUCUCAGAAGUAAGCCAUAUUCAGUUGAAUGUGACUUACUUCCAGGUAACCAGGAUUAGGAUUGCAGCCUUAGUCUGGAUCUAAAAGGUAGUUCUUUUCCCAGUUUCACCUGAGCAAAGUACUAUAUUAUAUACCGUAAAUUCCGGCGUAUAAGAUGACUUUUUAACCCCAGAAAAGAGGUUAAAAAGUCGGGGGUCAUCUUAUACGCCGGGUAUCCGCCCCCCGCUGCUGCUGUGGCGGCUCCGAAGGCAGCUUUCUCCCGGCGCGGAGCUGCCCAGCGUAUUGGGCAACUGGGCUUAUAAGACGACCCUCCAAAUUGCAGCUGCCAAUUUGGGGGGUCAUCUAAUACACCCAGUCGCCUAAUACGCCAGAAUCCACGGUAGAUUUCUUGACACCAAAGAAACGAGUGAAAAUUUGUCACGAUUCAGGUAAGUUCAAAGUCGCUUAAUGCAUAUUUGCAUCUGUCAGCUGCAAUUUUGUUUGCUUUUCCUCCUAUAUAGGCUUGGGCAAAACAGCACCAGAUCCCACAGCCACUACCUCUCUCAAUGGCGUAGAAGUUCCUUUAGGCAAUGGAAUACCAUCAGGAGUUAGCAAUACCUGUCUUCUGUAUAACGAGUAUCCUUUGAACAGUAUUUUUCUAGGAUCGUGGAAUCAUAGAGUUGGAAGGGACCAGAACGUGAGUCUAGUUUAUCCCCCCUGCCAGUGCAAGAAAUCCAUUCCUACAGCAUCCCUGAUAGGGGAUAAUCACGGCCAUAGAGCAGAGCUGGCCUGCCUGCUGAUGGCUGCUUCCGGACAAUUGAAUGCCACCAUCAGAAAGGGAUACUGACCUCCUAACAUCAGUAUGAGACUGAAUGUGAGUAACUUUAUUCUGCAGUUUGGAAAGCAUGGCACCCAAACCCCUUGAUUUCCACAGGAGUCGUGAAGCAAACCGGGAGUGAGGAGCACCCUCUCCUUCCACUAGUACUUAAGAUUUUUUUAAAAACUGUUCUCAGUGGGUGUGCUUUGAUUGCCCUCCAAGCUUGUCAGGGGCUACUGGGUGCAGGAGUGGGGCGUUUGAUCAGUUGCACACUGAUGUAUUGGUGUUCUCUUCCCGGAAGAGAUAAGGGCCUUGUUCCUUCAGUCUUCACUUGAUGGACAAGUAUUGGCUCUACAUAGAGCUCCUCCUGGUGACAGUUCAAAAGCUACCUUGUUAAAAAGCCAGCAUCCUUUAGGAUCCUAAGAAAACUGUUGUAGGCCGACAACAGUUGGUUCCUCUAAUUUACUAUUGUCUACACUGAGGAGCCACGGCUCUCUGGGGUUUGAAUCCUUUAUUUUAGUUGGGAAUUGGGUAAUAAGGACCAUAAAGUAUCAGUGCUCCUGCAGCUAUGAUAUCUGCUAGUUUGUAUUCAGGCCCAUUUUAGAUUGUUUUUAUCUUUACUGGUGGAAAUGUCCUGGCCCAGCUUAUUUAAGGGAACACUUCUCUCCCUGCCCCAACCCAAACCAUAAAAAUAUUUAGGAGUGAUGCUUCUCUGAUCCCCAUCCUUCAGUUUUAUGUCAACCUGGAAUGAAACAUCCUCAGCUAUGGUGCCCCUUUAUAGAGGCUGACUAGACCUUUUCUCUCCUACAACUAGACCUUUUCUCUCCUACAGUUUCCACAUAAGUUUUUUCUGGUAAAACUCAUCUGUAUUGCCAGACUUUGGGGAGUUGUUGCAAUCUCUAAUGAGGUUUCUAAUUAUUUUAAUUUUCAGUUGAAAGGUUUUUUUAUUGUAUAUUUUGUAUUCUUAAGCGCGUGCCACUUUGUGUGCUCUGAUCAAUAUGACAAACUACAUACAUGAAAAAACUUUGUAUCCAAGGGGAGGGACAGAAGCCACCUAUCAGGGGCUCCUUUAUGAAAUUUUAGAAGAAUCCAUACAGUGGUUUGUUUGUUUGUUUGUUUGUUUGUUUGUGUGUGUGUGUGCCCCAGAAUGUGGCUGCAUGGAAGAAACCAGUAACAAAGGUAAGUAAGAAUGGGUUUUCCCCAUUGGCGCUGCAAACAUUUCAGCAGCCACCCUGCAUUGAUGUCCUUCAGAAAACAUUUUUUAAAGAAAAAGUCUUAACUCAUUGUUUCCUUCAGAUAUAUUGUCUACGAUACUGCUCAGGUUAAUCUGAAGUACCUGCUAAAACUGAAGUUCAACUAUAAGACAUCCCUCUGGUGAACAAGUAUUUUGGAAGACGUGUUAAAGGAUUUAAUAAUGCAAAACCCUUUUGAAAUAUCGAAGUGUUUACUCCCAUUUCUGAGAUGCAAGAAAUAAGUUGCAGGGCUUUGCUGAAUCUAAGUUUAGUCAGUCAGCUUAGUAAGAGUCCUCUCCCCCCCCCCAAUACAUGUGCAAAAACACAUGAAACUGAGUACUGUACUAUGAAAAAUGUUUGGGUUUUUUUCUCUCUCCUCCCCAGCUCCUUCUUUUUGGCCAAUUCUAGUAUGAAGGCUAUUCUGUGACUUUUAACCGACAGACCAAAAACAAAACAGCCACACAAACACACCUUUGAUUUUUGUCUUUUGUAAGUGAGGCAGGGAGGAGGAGCUUAGAAUUGUUUAUAAAUCUUUUUUGUUUUGUUUUUUUACAAAAUACCUUCCUUAGUUUCGAUUAUGAAUAAAUGUUAAACGUGUUUAUUUUGAAGUAAAAAUAAAAACUAAUUUCAUAC